UUGACUGGCUUGCACAUGCGAGAUUAUCUUUCCCAUCUGUGCUUGAUAUGCCCGUGCGGCGCUUGGCACCUCUGAUAUUGAGCAAUAGCUGUAUCACUGCGUCCUAAUUUCAUCCCGAAGACGAGUCUGAUCAGCGCACGGAAGAACGCCUUCAAUUCUAAUUUACAUUGCGGCAUUUAAGCGUCUUUCACAGCUGUCUUUGUUGAUUGGAUAAAUAAUACCGUUCAAACGUAGGCAGCAUAUCGGGUUAGCGACAGGUCGGCGAAACGGUCUGCUACAGGCAAACACACGAGCAUUUGUGGUUAAGAUAAAUUAUUGCCCAAAUGAAUUAUAGAACAAUCCAACAUCGCGAGGACGAAUUAUUGUUGGCAAACAGCAGCAAAGACAAAGGCAAAGAGGAUUUAGUUGAGAAGUCGAGCAAGUCUGACGACGAUGCGACGAGAGUAGCGGAGAAGGAGAAGCUUAUAAACAAUAUAGAGUCGGAACACGCAACUUUCCACAAAGACCAACCGAAAUCAGCUAAAUCUGGCGAUACUAACCAGAACACAAGUUACCUAAGCAGCGAUCUCAGCCAGAUUCGAGACCCAUAUGCGAGUGCAGCAUCCAAUAAGUGGAUUUCGUUCGACGAAACAAGCACAAGUCAAAAUAUUGAAUAUACAAAAAGUGAAGUCCCGGCGCCCGAACAAAACGCCUCUACAGCAAACAAUAGCAUCUUGGGGCCACUUUUCAGCGAAAGCGAUUGGGUGAGAUUCGAAAGCACACGAGGGAAUGAUGCUAUCGGUACAAUUCACACGACUUCGUCGAGAGAUGAUACUGUAAGUCAUGCCUCGAGGGAAAUUGCGACUCAUGAAUCCGAAGGUAAUUUGGGACUUCAGGAUACGACAACAAACCCCUUCAGCAACUCAGAACUCGAUCGCAUUAGUUCAUUUUCAAAAUUGCCUAAGAAUUCAAAUGGCAUUCCUAUUAAAUCCACGCUAUCUUCCAAUGAAACAUCUGGAGAUCCAAAUGGAACCCAUGUUGUUAAUAAUGGCGAUGUUGACAGAGCAACGUCAGGGGAGUCAGAUGAAGAUGUUCUAAAUUCACCUCUACCAGCAUACCCUGUGAAAACCACAAGUACAUCAUGGUCUAUGCUACUUCGCUAUCCAGACACAAAGCGGCGGAUCCGAGGUAGGGAAUGGCGUCCUGUUAUCGUCAAACUCAGUGGAUCAAUCCUACAGGUUUACAAUGAGCAUGAUCCUUCAGGACCAUUCCGAGAAGUUUCCUUGCAGUGUUUCUAUGACCUAACCAAACCCAAGCUUCAGCAAUAUCAACGCAACAAGAUGCACACCAUUAAGAUUGUUUAUGUUAAAUACAAAGAAACGAAUAAGCUGAUUUCUAAGAAAAAUGUGCAGUAUAUUGCAAGGACCACACCUAUACUGAAGAUAGCCUCACCUAAUCACACAGUUAUCCAAGAGUUCACUGAAGUUGUACGACAUGCCAUGAGAUCCUUGCCAAUAUUCAGAGAUCGAGGGAUCAGCCAUAACACAGAGGCUGUGUAUAUAAAUGUUCAUGAUACAUGCACGGCUCUCAUAGAUGCAACUGGUUCUGUCCUGAUGCUCGGAAUCCUGGUACGGAUAUACCUCAGGGCCUUCAUAAGUGGUGAUGCUGAGUGCGAGUUGGUGUUGAACGACAUCCACAUGAAAUCCAAAGAAGAAACAAGGCUCCGAGAUGAAUUGAUGCCACAAAGAGUCCACAAAUGGAUCAAGUUGGAGGAAUGUGAUUUCCACAGCACUGUCAAUUCCGGCAUCUACAACCAGAAUCGCUCUAUCAUGCUGCACCCCCUAGAUUCCUGCACCUUUGAAGUGAUGCAGUUCCGAGUUCGACCUGUAAAACCCCUUCCACUACUUGCGAAGUGCGAAAUGGUUAUCGACACACAUGGCAGGGUAGAGUUGCAUGCAGAGGUGAAGCUCUGCAGUGAUCCUAAACUGGCGAGGUACGAGAGGAAGAAUAUUUGUCUAUACUUUGCAAUACCAGAUGCAUGGAUGCAGUUAUUCAUGAAGGAAAAUCGAUUCUGGGGUGAGAAGAGCAUCACCUCAACCAAUUCCCAGAAAGCCAUCAAGAUGAGAAACAGGAAGAAUCGACCACUAACUACCAUUGAGGUCUCAACAGGUUCUGCAAGAUACGAGCCUGAGUAUAGAUCAAUUGUUUGGCGAAUUGACAGCCUUCCUCUCCUGAAUACCACAGCCCCAGCUGAUUCAACUCAUGACUUCCUCUGCCAUAUACAAACUAUGGACUCUUCUGGUUUACCUGAGACU